UAUAAGUUUCCAAGUCGCCAACUCGUAUACGAUCCGUGGUCUGAUAACGCCUUCUUUCCAUUGCCCUUCCACAUUCAGUAAUGGAUUGUGACAACACCAAAACUGAGCCUAAGCUCGCUGCUUCUGAUCAGAACCUAUCUCUUGUCCACAGUACGCCCCAGCCUGGUAUCGUCACGGACAAUGCCGAUAAUCUCCAGCGCCGACUUGGGAACCGUCAGAUUCAGCUGCUGGCGAUUGGCGGCGCCAUCGGUACAGCCCUCUUCGUUAGCAUUGGCAACGGUCUGGCUGCAGGUGGAUCAGGCUCCCUUCUCAUUGCCUACUCUUUGUGGUGCAUCGUCGUGGCAGCUAUCAAUAAUUCUAUCUCGGAGAUGGUAGUCCUUCAACCCGUCGCUGGAGGCUUCGUACGCAUAGCCGGCCAUUGGUUCGAUGAUGCCCUCGGUUUCAUGGUCGGUUGGAACUUCUUCUUCUUUGAAGUCUUAGCCAUUCCCUUCGAGAUCGCAGCUGUUAAUUUGGUGGUCACUUACUGGACGGACAAAAUCCCGGUGGCCGCAAUUUGUGCUAUCUGCAUUAUACUCUAUAGGUACGCCGAGUUCUGGCUCUCGGGGGGUAAGGUCAUUUUGAUCUUCAUCGUAUUAUCCUUUACCUUCGUCACCAUGGUGGGUGGCAAUCCGCAAAAGGACGCCUACGGUUUCCGCUACUGGAACAAUCCUGGUGCAUUUGCCGAUAACCCUGCCAGGUCGUCCACUGGCAGUUUGGGCCGAUUUGAAGGCUUCCUUUCAUGCUUGUGGUCGGCAGCCUUCACCAUCGUCGGACCUGAAUACAUUUCGAUCGCAGCCGCCGAGACGAAGCGACCCCGGGUGUACGUUAAAGGCGCCUUCAAGACCGUGUACUGGCGCUUCGGCGCCUUCUUUAUACUUGGCUCGCUUUGCGUUGGAAUUGUCGUACCAUGGAACGACCCUCAGCUUCAGGGUGUGUUUCUUGGCACCAGUGGAGGGGGAGGCACUGUCACAGCCUCUCCUUACGUCAUUGCCAUGUCAAAUAUGGGAAUCGGUGUGUUGCCACACAUAGUCAGCGCCCUUUUAAUCACCUCAAUCUUUUCUGCGGGCAACACUUAUGUGUACUGUGCUACGCGUACCCUAUACGGCAUGGCUCUCGAAGGUCGCGCACCCCGCAUGUUCUCUAAGACUACUACUUCUGGAAUCCCCGUAUACUCUUUCCUGGCUGUCAUCUGCUUUGGUUUUCUUUCCUUUCUGCAAGUCAACCAAGGCUCAGCCAAGGUCAUUUCCUGGCUAAUUAGUUUAAUCACAGGCUGCGGCAUGAUCGACUAUUUCACGAUGUGCAUCACCUUUAUCAACUACCAUAAGGCUUGCAAGGCCCAGGGCUUGGACCGUGCAACUCUGCCUUAUUAUGGCUGGUUGCAACCUGGAUGCGCCUAUCUUGGAGCCAUCUCCACUUUCCUUGUCGCUCUCUUCUACGGCUAUUCGGUUUUCAAGCCCUUCAGCGUCGAGGGUUUCUUCCAGAACUAUACCAUGCAGCUAGUAGCUCCUAUCCUCUACCUGGGAUGGAAGAUCAUCAAGCGCACGAAGAAGAUCAAGCCUGACGAGCUUGAUUUAGUUUGGGAACGACCAAUGAUCGACAUCUACGAGGAAAGUUUCGUUAGUCCUCCGAAUGGGUUCUGCGAGUGCCUAACAAUGGAAACAAAUACGUGUUUAAGACCAGCCAACCAUCCGCUUCUCCCCACGGAGGGACUUUCCGAUCUUAUGAGAACGGAAUUUUAUUCCGGACCGCAGAGGACAAGGCCCGCUGGCUAG